UCCUAACUACCUCCUCUCUCUCUCUCUCUCUCUCUAAAUCCAAUUUUUUCGCUUAAUCUCUCCCUCUCCCUUUUGGUUCCGAUUCAUGCAGCGAGGCAUGAAGAAAUCGAGGGGUUUCAGAUUGGGGCGAAGGCUGGUGAGAAUAUGGCGAUGGGUUUUCCGAUGCCGCCGCCCCAAGAAUUACAUCCGCCUCAACCCCGCCCAACCCCAAUCCCUAAUCCGAUCCCGAACCCACUAUUCUAAGACCAUAACCUCGACGAUGACGACAAAAUUAUUCGACUGGGGCCGCGACCUUACCAGCCGCAUCCGCUACUCCGGCCGUGGCGCCGGCCGGAAAGCGCACUGCCCCCUCCGCGGGGACUGGGUAGCCGACGGCGACGACGUGGAGCUUCUGGGGCGCCAGAAAGGAGGAGGAAGCCGGAAGCCACCCCCACCGAAGGGGCAUCUGGUGGUGUACGUUGGGGGGAAGAAGGACGGGGGGCCGCCGAAGCGGUACCUGGUGCCGGUGAUCGACUUCAACCACCCGCUGUUCGCGGAGUUGUUGAGGGAGGCGGAGGAGGAGUUCGGGUACCACCACCCCGGUGGGAUCACCAUCCCCUGUCCGGUCUCUCGAUUCGAGCGCGUCCAGACUCGGAUCGCCGCCUGUCGGAAAAGCUCCCAUCCCCACUGGUUCUAAAGCAAGCAUCACACAUCUCUGACGUCAUGUAUUCUAGAAAAAGGAAUAGAUGUAUUUUUUUUCCGU